AACAAGGGACGCAACGCAGCUCAUCAGCUGCCGUCGACCAAAGGCGCUUGGACCUCUCAGUCUGACUCUCGUCCAAUCUGCCGCCGCUGAGGAGCUUCUUUCGUCCUCAAGUCAUUGUCCUAAUUCGCCGCCCUGCGUAGCUCCAUCGCAACCAACAACACCAUCCAAUUCAACUCGCUCUGCGUGAUGGCUCAAGCUGGCUUCUCAUCGCCGGCUCGCGCUAGCCUGCGCUCCAUCGACACAUCGUCAGGCGAUCGAUCAGCUGCCACCACAUCAUCAUCAUCGUCAACCCCUACUCGCACAAUCGCCGUGCUGGCAAGGUCUUGCGCCAAGGUUCACAGACUAGCGAUCGAGUCCAAGCUUACCGAAGCCGGCUUCGACAUUCUGGAAUCUCGACAAGAGGAAUGGGCGUACCCCGAUGACAGCGAGUUUCUCUACGAGUUUCUCCAGGGCCACUCACAGGCUUCCGUCCACAAGUGGAUCGAGAGGCUCACAGGCAACCCGAUUCAAUUCAUGAUUCUCGAGCGCACGCGUGCUGUGCAGGCGUGGCAAGAAUUGAUGGGUCUCGGCGAUGAUGACGACGCCGCAGACCAGUCCAUCGAUGCCGACAUCUCCGUCGAAGCCAUCCGCCGCUCUCUCCGAAGUACGAAGAUGUCCAGCGGCAUGCCGUCGGGGCCUAAAAUGCGAGAAACGUAUGGGAAAGGCUUGCUCUACGGCUCACGCUCGGACAGCCAAGCGCAGAGGCAGAUUGCCAUCUGUGCGCCUGACUUUGCGACCGCUCAAGCCAUGGAGGACCUCUCAAUUGAAUACGCACAGAGGGCUGACGAGGAGGAGGAGGCGGCAGACCAAAGCUACGACCCUCCCACCGAAGCAGAAGAAAGCCUUGGGACGCUUGAAGUCCACACGAACGAUGUAGCCGCGGCAGAGGAGGAUGGUUGUGUCGUUGUGGACGAGUCAUCCCUCGUCUUCAAUGAGGCUGGGGAAGCCUUUGACGCAAAGACCGGUGCCGAGGUUGCGCUAGAGGAGGAGCUGCUGCCUACUGUCGGGACGACCACUAGCAGAGAUGCCCCCACUGGCCGAAAAGUCUUCAGAGCUAGGCCAAUCCCAGCAUCAGUUGCCACUCCCAAGAUUCAGCCUCGCCUCAGCAGGGCCGCUGCGUUGCGAAUGGGCGUCGAGCUACCGGCUGUGCCGGUCAGAAAGGUAGCCGCUGCGGCCGAUCAAGGACCCGUGGGCAUAUCGGGCAUGCCUAAGGCAGACGUCGCCGUCCCUCGCUCCUUGGCUGAGCCUUCCAUCAAGCCGCGAGCCAAUCGAGCAAGCAUGGCGCGAGCGGGACCUGGUGGCAUGGGAGCGUCAAGCGCAAGCCGCACGUCUUCCACAUCACCUGUACGCGCACGCAAGGAGGUCGACUUCGGCAACACGCCGGGCCACAAGCGUCAGUCCAUCGGGGGCGCGAGUGCUAUUGCAAGCCUAGCCAAGCCGACCAUCGCACCUCGUCAGAAUCGGGCAUCGCUAGCUCGCACCGGCGGACCAGCGCCAGCAAGUCAACGAGCAGUGGGGCCUCGACCUUCAAGCUCAUCAACAAGCGCCGGCUCCUCAUCUUCGCCCGGCAAGCCAUCCGCUCCUCGUCAGUCCUUCAAUCUCGCCAGCCUCAAGCCCCCGACCAUUGCGCCUCGCUCAAACCGCGCGGCCGUUGCUCGUGGCGGUGUAGUCGCCGGGGACGGCAGCGAUGAGGUGGUGCGCUCUCCUAGCCCGAAUAAGGAGAAUCGUCCCCGAUCCAGCCUUGCUAUGAAUGGACGCGCAAGUGUUGUGGCCACUGCCCGGCCCUCUUCACCGGUGAAGGCCGAGACUAAUCGCGAACGCCGGCCUGUAGACUUCUCGGCCACUCCGGGACAUAAGAGGGCGUCCAACUCCUUCUCCAUCUCCGCACUUGCGGCGCCCAAGAUAGCUCCGAGGAGCAAUUUGGCCGCCUCACGUCGUCUCUCUGUCGGCGGCGUUGGCGUUGGGGCCACCGCUGCCGCACGAGUUCAGAACGGCAACGCUGCACCUUCAGGUCACCGUCCCGCCUCGAGCAUGAGCGGCGCAGCCAUGAUUAGCAGCAGGCCCGGUGUGGGCCGAGGUGCUGCUCGUCCGGCUUCGAGCGCAGGCGUUCGAAGUAGUACCGCGAAUGGCGCCGCCCAUCAGGAUGGACACAGCCCAGCCACGGCGGCUUCGGCGUUGCUCCACCAUCAGCCGCUGAGGGCGAGGGCUAAUCCUCCAAGCUCAUUCGAGGUUGUGGGUGCCUGAUGCCAUGGAGCUGAUCGAACUCUGGACCGUCACCACUUCUCUGGCUCUGCUCUGCUAUAACCUCUGCUCUUGCCUUACUUUUGUAUUUGUUCCUUUGCUCUUCUCCGUGCUCGUCCAAGAUCCGCGCUUCUGUUGUCAGCUCACACUCCUGUCUCGCUUUCUCAAUGACACCACUGCGAUCGUUUGCG